AUGGACGAAGAGCUCAAGCCCGAGGUCGAUUUGAUGCACAAGCGUCGGCAAGCCGAAGAACGGCAGAAGCGACCGAAUUUUGUCGGCGACGUGGGCAUUCCGCAGACGAUGCUCAUUCUCUUCAAGGACUCGGCGCUGCCCAACUUUGUGCGUUUGUAUCCUGAAAUUCCCGACCCGACGCACGCGAUUGCCGAAAUGUGGAAAUCGAUGCUCUUCAACGGCGGCAUUGAAGCCGAGUUUUUCGAGCUCAACGAAACCCCGGACAAGCUCCUCGUAAAGGUGCAGCGCGGCUGGCUCGCCGAAGACUUGGUCGAUUUUCUUGUCAACCAAGAGCAGGUCAAAGAAGUGCUUUGGGACUACGAGACGUACUACCCUCCGGGCACGGACGAAGCGGCCAUGGAAAAAGAGAAAGAGCGACUUCGACAAGAAGCCGUUGCGAAAGAAAAGCUCAAGCAGAAGAAGAAAAAGAAGAAGACCGCCAAGACCGAGUUGUGA